CGGGAGAUGUCUGCACGGUGGGCGCCAUAUUGGAGCAACAACUAUUGUUAUAAAUUGAGACGGGGCUGCUGCUGGCUGAGUUUACAUGUUUUCUGCGUGUUUGUUCUGAAAAUAUUUGGAUAUUUCUACGCAAGGUCAUGAAAGAGAUGUCAACGACUGGUAACAGUACGCUUGGCGGGCAGCAGCCUCGGAAACAUUAUGGCAUCACAUCUUCAAUCAGCCUGGCCUUUCCCAGAGAGAUAGACCAUAUCUACACUCAGAAGCUUACUGAGGCUAUGAAACCGUUUGGAGUGUUUGAGGGUGAAGAUGAACUCAAUCACAGACUUGCAGUUCUUGGAAAGCUGAAUUCAUUUGUGAAAGAGUGGAUCGCAGAAAUCAGUGAAUCAAAGAAUCUUCCACCAUCGGCAGUAGCGAAUGUUGGUGGCAAAAUCUUUACUUUUGGGUCAUAUCGGUUGGGAGUGCACACAAAAGGUGCUGAUAUAGAUGCUUUGUGUGUUGCCCCACGUCACGUCGAAAGAACAGACUUCUUUUCAUCCUUCUUUGAAAAACUAAAACGGCAUGAUGAGAUUAAAGAUCUACGAGCUGUGGAAGAUGCAUUUGUACCAGUCAUCAAAUUCAAGUUUGAUGGAAUUGAGAUCGAUCUGCUGUUUGCCAGACUCGCUCUCCAGUCAAUUCCUGAUAACCUGGACCUGAGAGGAGACUCUCUCCUCAGAAACUUGGACAUCAGAUGCAUUCGCAGUCUAAACGGUUGCCGUGUUACAGAUGAGAUCCUGUAUCUGGUGCCUAAUAAAGAGAACUUCAGAUUAACAUUGAGAGCAAUUAAACUGUGGGCCAAACGACGAGGAAUCUAUUCUAACAUGCUAGGCUUUCUUGGUGGAGUUUCCUGGGCUAUGCUCGUGGCCAGAACUUGUCAGCUCUAUCCAAAUGCUGUUGCUGCCACACUUGUGCACAAGUUCUUUCUGGUCUUCUCUAAAUGGGAAUGGCCAAACCCUGUGCUUUUAAAACAACCUGAAGACAGCAAUUUAAAUCUGCCAGUCUGGGAUCCACGAGUGAAUCCAUCAGACCGGUAUCAUUUGAUGCCAAUAAUCACUCCAGCAUAUCCACAACAGAACUCUACCUACAACGUGUCCACUUCCACACGCACCAUCAUGAGUGAAGAGUUCAAGAAUGGUCUAACUGUUACAGAUGAGAUUCUUCAGGGAAAAGCUGAUUGGUCCAAGUUGUUUGAACCUCCCAAUUUUUUCCAGAAGUACAAGCAUUACAUUGUCCUCACAGCCAGUGCAUCCACUGAAGAAAACCAUCUGGAGUGGAUUGGACUGGUAGAAUCAAAGAUAAGAGUGUUGGUUGGAAAUUUGGAGCGCAAUGAGUACAUCACCCUUGCCCAUGUCAACCCACAGUCUUUUCCCGGCUCAAAAGAGAAUCACAAUGAAAAUGAAUUUGUUUCCAUGUGGUUCAUUGGAAUCAGCUUUAAAAAACUGGAUAACUCUGACUGUGUGAAUAUUGACUUGACCUAUGACAUCCAGUCCUUCACAGACACUGUUUAUAGGCAGGCCAGCAAUAUCAACAUGCUAAAGGAUGGCAUGACUAUUGAGGCCACACAUGUGAAGAAAAAACAGUUGCAUCAUUACCUGCCUCCUGAACUUGUACAGAGAAAGAAGAAGAGUUUGGGAGAUAUAAACCGGAGCUCAAACGGUGGUGGGUCAAAGCGCUGCUCUCUGGAUGGCAGUCAGCUGGACAGCUCCAGGGACACGGACAUCGGCACUCCAUUCAGCUCUCCUACACCAGUCAGCAAACCAUGUCAGCCAGCCUCCACACCUGAGGAGAGUAGUCUCAGUCCACCCAAGCAUCCAGUCCUUGUAUUCAUGGACAGCCCACCAGCAACAGAAGUUUCUCCUCCAAAACCAGAACAAGGAAUGUCCAUUCCAGUCAUCGGAUCCAAGCCCAUCGCCACUCCAGUUGCCAAGCCUCCAGCACCUCCCGCAGGCAACACCAUUCCUACAGUGGUGGGCCGCAGUGUGAUACCCCGCGUUACCUCUUCCUCCCCUAGCCUGCCUGAACUGCCCAACAGUGUCAAUGGUGCACCAAAGAGACCUCACUCUCCAUCUCUGGAAGAUCCACCUAAGAGGCACAAAGAUACAGAGGUGUUUUCUGAUGACUCUGCGUUUAAAGAACCGUACCCUCCAAAUAGUAAUGGCUUGGAUGGCGAAGAGGGGCCUGCAGUGGAGGAUCUUUCAGCAACCAAACCUAUGCCAAUACCAACAAUUGAUACAUCAAGAUCACAGAGACUACCCAGUAAAGAGCUUCCGGAUGCAUCUUCCCCAAUUCCCACAAGCAACCUUCGUGUGAUUAAAAAUUCAAUCAGGCUCACUCUUAACCGAUAACAAUGAGCUAUCUACAGGUUGUCCCUUAACGAGUGGAACUACACUUGUGUAACAGCAGUGCUGCUUUUAAACUGCUACUGAUACUUGGCUGGUCUUCCUGCUUGUUACAGAGUUAGUGUUUUUGUUUUGUUUUUUUCUUUUUUCCCCCUAACCCCCAACCCAAAGUUUUUCUUUUUCUUUUUUUUUUUUAAAUGCCUUACUGUGUCAGAAUGCUUGCGUAAACAUCUAUUCAAGCUUUUGAAACAAAUUGUACAGUUGAUGUAGUUUGUAUAUAACUUUAAAAAUCAUUGUUAGACUUUCUAUGCCACCUUUAAUGUAGUUUUUAUUAACAAAAAAAAAGUUGAAAAAAAAUUGUCCUGUUUGUCACUGUAAAUGAGAUUCUUCAUUGUUUGUCCGAAGGUUUUCCUUGCAGUCUUUUUGUAUUCGCUGUAUCGGUUCUGGUUCAGUUUCUGGGAGGACCUUUUGUGUGGGGUGCGUAUGUGUGAGUGUGUAGAUGGACCAGCUUUAGUAACUAAAAACCAUGACUCCAUGACCUAUCCCAGUAAACACUGCUGACACUCCAUAGUUUUGUUAACCGCUCCGAACAAAAGAACAGUAUUAGAUCUAAGGUUUGGGUUUGUUGGGCCAACAUUUGAAGCCAGGUUUGGUUUUACAAAGAGUUGUGAUUUAUUUGAGUCAGUGUUGGUUUUCGCGUGUGCAUGUGCAUGAUUGUGUUUCCCUGCGUCUAGGGCAUCACCCCUGCGCCUCCCAUGGAGGUCUGGAUGGCAGUGUCUCCUGAACUUAACGAACAGAGACUAAAUGAGAUUUCUGCCCUCUUUCCAUGUUGUUUUUUUUUUCUCUCCAUCUUUCCACAAUCUACUGUCCUACCCUCGGGAUGUACAGAGAACAUAAACUUACUAUUCAUUUUGGGGUUUCUUAACAUUUUAUUUAUUUGUACCGUUUUUUUUUUUUUUUUUUUUUUUUUUUAUCACAGGUAUUGCAGUUGAACAACUUUAUUAUUCUAGACAUUAACUUCAGCGCUCGGUUUGAAUUUUCCUUACCUUACCUUUAGGACAAUAAAAAAAAAAUCUACUUGUCAUUCUUUUUGUAGGGCAAAAAGUUGUAUUUGAAAGGGUAUUUUUGUAUGUAAUGUAAAUUGCCUUCUUUACAUUAAGAACAUAAAAUUCACAAAACCCCAAA